AUGGGUCAGCAAAUUUCUUGUGUGAAUAUAGCGACAGAGACGGAAUGUGUGUACAGUUUCCGUCCAAGUACACCACUUCAGUCCAACAAAGACACGCCUCAUCAGGUAAAACAUCAGCUUGAUGAGAGCCGUGCUGUUACUUGUGAGGAAGAUGGAGUAUGGAGGGGGGUGAAGGAGCAAAAGAAGUCGAAGAAGAAAUCGAGGUUUUGGAGGAAGCUGGCCUGUUUCCGCUUUUCAUGCCCAAGAACUGGAAGGGGUGAAAAAGUGGAGCAGGUGGAUAGUGAGAAGGUGAAGCAGUACACUGAAGCAGAACCUUCUACUUAUGGAAAUGUUGAAUGUAUAUUCCCCUCUUUAGAUCAAACCUCUGUAGGGGACAUCUCAUGCACUGUUGAGGACUGUAAUUACCAGCAAGCUCCCAACAGUAGCCUUGAGAUUCCUCCCUCCACUGUUGACCUGCAAAUACAGGAGCAGUGUGAGAAGGUGGAGCAGGACUCUGAGGCAGAACCUUCUUCUGAUGAUCAAACCUCUGUAGCGAACAUCUCCUGCACUAUUAGGGAUUAUGAUUACCAGCAAGCUCCUAACAGCCUUGAGGUUCCCCCCUCCACUGUUGACCUGCAAAUCCAGCAGGAGGAAGAACCUUCUACUGAUGAUCAAACUUCAGUGGAGACCACAUGUAGUGAAGAGAGUUAUGGUCCCCAGAACACUCCCAACUAUAGCCUUGAGAUUCCUUCCUCCGGGGUUGACCAGCAAAUCCAGGAGGUUCCAGUUGAUCUGUCAGAAGAAGAAACUGUGUGCCCUCUGGCAGAAGACCCAAACCAGAAUGUGGUUUUGAUUAUUGGGAACAUGUGCUUGACCUACAACAUGGGCGAGCUACUGGGAGAAGGAGGAUUCGGUGCAGUAUAUACUGGUGUUCGUGCCAAUGAUGGUCUUCCGGUGGCAAUCAAGUUUGCCAGAAAAGCGGAGGGCAUGGAAUAUAUCUAUGUUCCUGGCCUUCCAGAACUUGUACCUCUAGAAAUCGGCCUGACACUCCUGGCAAAUAAGGGUCCCAGCUCCCCCAACAUAAUUGAGCUGCUGGAUUGGCAGGAACUUCCCGACCAUUAUGUAAUGGUCCUGCAGCGCCCUUCACCAUGCCAGAGUCUGUUCAAGCUUUUGGAGAGCUGUGGAAACAUCUUCGAGGAAAUGUUUGCACGGCAUGUGAUGCAGCAGGUAAUCGAGGCAGCUGAGACCUGCUGCAGACGUGGAGUCCUCCACAGAGAUAUCAAGUUGGAGAACUUGUUAAUAAACACAGACACCAUGGAUGUCACCCUCAUUGACUUCGGCUGCGGGAACCUGUUUCACGAAACAGAGUACCACAGCUUUAGUGGCACAGAGAUGUACUGCCCUCCUGAAUUUUUUGAAACGGGCAAGUAUUAUGCACGGCCAGCAACUGUGUUUUCACUUGGAGUGCUGCUGUACACUAUGGUGUGCGGAUAUAUGCCGGACCACACUGAUCUGGAAAAGAUACAGCACUGGCUGUGGUAUCUGCCAUCCUUGUCAAGUGAAUGCAGCCAUUUGAUAAAUGCCUGUCUACAUCCUGAUCCCAGAGAGAGGAUACCUCUAGAGCAGAUUCUCCUCCACGACUGGUUUACGGUACCUAAGAUCCACAAAACCUAUCUGAUCAUAAGUCGUGGAGCUGAGAGCACCCUGUCCUGGCCAUGCAGGAAGUGA